UUUUCUGGAAUCUUUUCCCAAUUUUUUCCCCCAGAAACCCUUGGAAUCUCACCCCGAUUCGGGGCCAUCUUUGGGCCGUUCCACUGCCACUUUUCCCCCUCCCAGCCCCCCAAUUUCGGCGCCGUUUCACCUCCGAUUCUCUCCGCGCUUUUUCCCCUCCUCCUUCCCACUUCUUUCCCGGUUUUUCCCCCCAGGAAUCCCUGGAAUCCCGGCGCUCCCGGGGCCGCGCCGAGCGCCUGGAGAGGCUCCUGAGGCUCAACGAGCUCCGCUGCGGCCUCAGCCCCGUCUACGGGCCGCGAGGUUUUGGGGUUCCUCACCCUGCCCCCCGCCCAGCCUGGCGCCCCCGGGGGGGGCCCUGGAGAGCGCCGUGCUCGGGCCCCCCCCAGCGCCUGCAGCAGAUGAAGCCGCUCCUGGACAGGUUCCUGGUGGCCGUGCCGGCCGUGGCCUCGCGGGGGGUGUCCCUGCACAGCGGCCGCCCCCCGCCCUGGGCGCAGCGGCAGCGGCAGCGCCUGGAGCAGCAGCUGGGCCUGGAGCUGCGCGCUCGGGCCGGGGGGGCCCUGGCCGGGCUCCUGGGGGGACCCCGCACCCAUUUCCCCGACCCGCGGCUGGUCCAGUACGACUGCGGUAAGCUGCAGGCUCUGGACGCGCUGCUGCGGCGGCUCCGCGCCGGGGGGCACCGGGUGCUGAUCUUCACGCAGAUGACGCGGAUGCUCGACGUGCUCGAGCGCUUCCUCACCUUCCACGGCCACAUCUACCUGCGCCUCGACGGCUCCACCCGCGUCGAGCAGCGCCAGGCCCUCAUGGAGCGCUUCAACGCCGACAAGAGGAUUUUCUGCUUCAUCCUCUCCACGCGCUCGGGCGGCGUCGGCGUCAACCUGGCCGGGGCCGACACCGUGGUGUUCUACGACUCCGACUGGAACCCCACCAUGGACGCGCAGGCCCAGGACCGGUGCCACCGCAUCGGCCAGACCCGCGACGUCCACAUCUACAGGCUGAUCAGCGAGCGCACGGUGGAGGAGAACAUCCUCAAGAAGGCGAACCAGAAGCGGCUGCUGGGGGACAUGGCCAUCGAGGGCGGCAACUUCACCACCGCCUACUUCAAACAGCAAACCAUCCGCGAGCUGUUCGACAUGGCCCCCGAGGAGCCGCCCCGCGAGCGCGACCGCGACGGGGACAAGGACGGCGACCGGGACGGGGAGCGGGACCGGGAGCGGGAGCGGGAGCGGGACAGGGAGCGGGACAGGGACAGGGACAGGGACGGCCCCGCCGAGGACGACGAGGACCCCGCGGCCACCAGGAGGACGCACAUCCUGGAGCAGGCGCUGUGCGGGGCCGAGGACCCCGAGGACAUCCGGGCGGCGUCGCAGGCGCAGGCCGAGCACGUGGCGGCGCUGGCCGAGUUCAGCGAGUCGCUGAGCCCCGAGGACGAGCGCGGCGGCGCCGACGGCCCCGAGGAGGAGCUGUCCAAGGCCGAGCAGGAGAUCGCCGCCCUGGUCGAGCAGCUGGACCCCCAUCGAACGUUAUGCCAUGAACUUCCUGGAGGCCUCACUCGAGGACGUCAGCCAGGGAGGAGCUCAAGCAGGCCGAGGAGCAAGUGGAGGCCGCCCGCAAGGACAUCGACCAGGCCAAGGGGGGAGGGGGCCGCUUCCGGCUGCCCCCCCAGGAGGGCGAGGAGGAGGAGGAGGAGGAGGAGGAGGAGGAGGAAGAGCCCCGAGGGGCCCCCCCCGGCGGGGGGGGGAGGGCGGCGGCG